AUGAAAAAACUCCUAUUCUCUCUCUUGCCGCUGCUUGUCGUGGCUGUAAGUUACAGCGGUUUGGUCGUGAACACUGUCCGCGCCGACACCUCGACAGAAUCGGAAAAUGUACUGGGAAGCACGUCAAAUCUGGAGUUGCAUGCUUUGAAGGAUGAGCCCCUGACGGGUGGUGAGACAUUCGCUUUUCAAGCAGAAGUAUCACGACUCAUGGAUAUUUUAAUUAACUCACUGUACCGCACUAAGGAGAUCUUUCUACGCGAGCUUAUUUCGAAUGCCUCAGACGCGCUUGAUAAAAUUCGAUUUUUGGCUUUGUCCAAUAAUGAGCUGCUGGGUAAGCUGCGUGAUCUGGAAAUCCGCAUCAGCUUCAAUAAAGACGAACGCACUCUCACAAUCCGCGACACUGGCGUUGGCAUGACGAAGGAGGAUCUUGUUAAUAAUCUUGGUACGGUAGCCAAAUCUGGCACUGCCAAUUUCGUCGAGGCAAUGCAAGCUGGAACUGACGAUAGCAGUCUCAUUGGUCAAUUUGGUGUUGGCUUUUACUCCGUCUACCUUGUAGCCGACCGUGUGCGUGUCGUCAGCAAGAACAAUGACGACGAUCAGUACAUAUGGGAGUCCGAUGCCAACGCGUCUUUUACAAUUGCCAAAGACCCGCGAGGCGACACGCUCGGUCGCGGUACCGAGAUUACGCUAUAUCUUAAGUCUGACGCCACUGAUUUUCAGGACCAAGACAAGCUCAAGAAUCUCAUCUCUCACUACAGCGAAUUCAUCACUUUUCCUAUCUAUCUGAACACAACCUCUACCGAAACGUACGAGGUCGCAGACGAAUCCGUGGAUGACGAACAGCCUAUUAAUAAGGAUGAUAAGGAUACUGAGAAAUCACUUGAAGAAGAUGAAGAGCUUGAGACCGUUGAAGAAGAUGAAGAUGUAAAGACUCCUAAAACUCGCACUGAGACCCGCACUGUGUGGAAGUGGGAACGUGUGAAUGAGGUGAAAGCCAUAUGGGUGCGCCCCAAGGAAGACAUUAGUGAUGCAGAGUACGAAAGCUUUUACCAUUCCCUGCAAAAGACCGAUACGACGAAGCCGUUAACGUGGAUUCACUUUCAAGCUGAAGGCGAGAUCGAGUUUAAAUCGAUCCUUUACGUGCCUGGUCAGGCUCCUCGUGAUAUGUACACUCGGUUUGAAGAUAAGAAGGCAGACAUCAAACUGUAUGUUCGAAAGGUGCUUAUUACGGACGACUUUGACGACUUUUUGCCGCGGUACCUUAAUUUUAUCGCUGGCGUUGUGGAUUCAGACGAUUUGCCUAUCAACGUAUCACGUGAGAUGUUGCAGGAGAACAAAAUUCUACGUGUUAUUCGCAAGAAACUAGUGCGUAAGGUCUUGGAAAUGUUGCGUAAGCUAUCUGAGAACAAUAUCGACGACGACGGAGAGGAAGAUGGUGAAGAUGACGAAGAGGCAGACAUGAAAUCUGAAACGGACAAAAACUCAGAAGAGAGUGCUGAGGAUCCCUCUGAAGAUGAGGAGGAAGAAGAAAACGUUGCAUACAACAAGUUCUGGGAGCAAUUUGGUAAAAACAUCAAGCUUGGCGUGAUGGACGACGCUGCCAACCGUGGGAAGCUUAUCAAACUGUUACGUUUUGUGUCAAGUGGGAGUGACGGUAAAAUGAUUUCGCUCGAGCAGUACGUUGACCGAAUGAAAGAUUGGCAGGACUCGAUCUAUUAUGUUGCUGCUGAGAAUGUUGAGGCCUGCGAAAAGUCGCCUUUCAUGGAAAAGAUGCGCGUAAAGGGCCUCGAAGUACUUUACUUUGUUGAUGCUUUGGAUGAAUACAUGGUAUCGCACAUUUCGGAGGUCGAUGGCAAGAAGCUUGUAUCCAUUGCAAAAGAAGGCAUCAAGUUCGGCGAUGAGGACGAGUCACUUACGCAAAAACGCGAUAAAUUAUACGCGGACAAGUAUGUUGCUCUCACGACCGCUCUCAAGACCCUAUACGGUGACAAAAUCUCUCGCGUUACAAUGUCGCAACGCGUUGUCGACUCGCCUGCCGUGAUGGUGACGUCCCAGUGGGGCUACUCAGCCAACAUGCAGCGCAUCAUGAAAGCACAGACAUUUGCCAACAGUGACAAGAAGUCUUCAAUGUACGGCACUGGAUCUGCAAUCCUUGAGCUGAAUCCACGUCACCCUAUUGUCUCCAAGCUCAACGAAUUGAUGGUAAGUGAUUCCCAAAAGGAGGAGACCGAAGACCUCGCAUGGUUGCUUUACGACACGGCGCUUGUUAACUCGGGCUUCGACAUGGCGGACACCAGCCACUUUUCUGCGCGUGUCCAUCGUAUUAUGAAGAGCAGCAUGGGCAUAGCAAGCUUAGAUUUGGAGCCGGAAAUCGAAAUUCCCGAAGAUGUUCCGGAAGAUGACGAGGAAGAUACUCAAGACUUGGACGAGGCUGAAGAGAAUGAAGGUCUACAGUCCGGCGAAUCUGAGAAUGCUGAUGGCGAAGUAAAAGAUGAGCUGUAG